CCAAAACGGAACUUGAUAACACCGACAUGCCUGGACGCGUGAGCGAGCAUCACCAAGAAGAGCUGAGCAAAUUCCUCAAGUUCUUCCGCUCGCGUCUCAAGACGCACUUGGAGAACGUUGAAGCCGAUUUCGAAGACACUCGGUCGGAUCGGCUGUCGUCCGAAGAAGUUUACAGCCAGAAAGACAUCCAGGAAGCCGUCACGUCGCUAUGCUUCGCCGUCAAGGCUAAUAUACGCAGUGAGCUGCAAGACACUAUCAACAUGAUGGCGUUAUUGCUGCGUCAGAUCUUCAUCGAGGCCGAGGAUAGCGAUCUAGCCUUGGACCUGGACAUCGCCAUGGUGGAAGACAAGGAGCUGCUCGAGCGUGUGGAGCAGCUGAGUGUAUCUGAAUGGACCAGUGGAGACUCGAGCAGCGCGGCACAGAUCGGAGCCAUGCCGAAGAGUAAGGCAAAAGUGCAGGUCGACGCCGAAGCGAAAGAUAAACUAGAGAAGCAGCUUCAACAUGAACAGGAGCAGCACGAGGAGGAGAUUCGUGCGGCGAAAUUGACGUCCAAGCAACAGAAAGAGGCUCUGGAAGUAGCACACACCAAGGAAUUGCGUAAAUUGGAGCGGAAGCUCGAGCUGGCCGGUGAGCGUGUGGAGGAGCUCGAGAAGCAGGUGGAAGACGGACGACAGCACGUCGCGCACACGGCGCAGUUCCAGUCGAUGAAGCGCAUGGUGACGACCAAGAAUCAGCAGCUGCAGGACCUACGUCGCCGACUGCAGCGUUACGAGCCAGACUACGCCGAAGACGAUGGCGAGACCAAGGACGCCGACGACGAUGACUAG